UAUUGAUCUGCUCCCUCCAAUUCAUCUCUUCACCUUGGUCUAGUCUUUGUCGCUGCUUAAGGGUCUCUCGUUUAUUCUCGUCUAUCCAUAAAGUCACACUACUUCUAGUGGGUGAGUGCAGCGUCCAUGGCGGACAUGUCGGGCAACAUGCUGAAGAGGCCUCACCCCGAGGAAGGAGAUGAUAACUCACAGAAGCGAACUCGCUCCAACGAUGGAUCGCCACGUCCUGGUCAGGGGGCGCCUGCUGCCACGGGAAAGGUGGAUAUUGAGAAGAUGGUGGCCGAGGCGAGAGCAAAAGCCGAAGCUGUACGCGCCAGGCUUCAAGCGGCCAAGGGGAUAAGCCCGUCUGCAAGCCCAGGGGUUGCCAGUCCUAGUCCUACACCUUCAGCUGCGAGUCCUGCGAUGUCUAGAUUGGAACAAAUGAAGGCGCGCGUGGCAGCUGCCACUGGAAGAGCCAGCACACCGGCCCAGCAACGACCCGUCGUUCCGAUACCAACCCCUCAGCCUCCCCCCCACGACAACGAAGACGAUGGCCUCUCGAAGGCUCGAGGUGGCUUAGACGUCGGCCUCCAUCCCGCUUUGUUGUCGGAUACGAUCGAAUUCAAGGGCAGCAAAGGACGGCAAUCGUCACAGUCAAAGAACCGACGGACAGAGAGUCCAGCUACGGGAGGGAGGCCCAAUCGAGCAGGACUCGAUCUGUCGGGGCCUUCCCUGGAAGAGAUAAAGAGCAAUCCCUAUUUCGAUCCGACUUUAGGCCCCAAGGCUACGGUCGCCAAGCCACGGGGCUCGCGCCAGCUUAUUUUCAACGAAAAGGGCAAAUAUAUCCAACAGGCUGCCGCUUUGCGUCGGCAGGCCCAGUUGGAGGAUAUGAAGAAGCGGAUUGCGGAGCGAGCGCGACAAGUGGGCAUUGAUGAGGAUCUGGACGUAGAGAAAGCAUUCCAGGUACCGGAACCGCCGGCGAUCGAGUGGUGGGACGAAGGCCUGGUCAACGGAGCGGACUAUUCAGCUAUCGAUGACGAGCAGAAUCUCAAGAUCGAUACUGCCGAUUCCAUCGUGACUCGCUACGUUCAACACCCGGUUCUUCUCGAUCCCCCACAGGACAAGCAUCUGAUCGAACAGAAGCCCAUGUAUCUGACACAUAAGGAACAAGCCAAGAUCCGUCGCCAGCGGCGUAUGGCUGAUUUGAAGGAACAGCAGGCGAAGAUCCGGCUGGGUCUGGAGCCAGCUCCCCCGCCAAAGGUCAAAAAGUCGAAUUUGAUGCGGGUUCUCGGAGAACAGGCCGUCAAAGAUCCAACGGCCGUCGAAGCACGCGUGACCCGCGAGAUCGCCGAGCGCAAAGCCGCCCACGAAGCCACGAACGCGGAGCGUAAGCUGACGAAAGACGAGCGUCGCGAGAAGCUGGCCACUCAGCAAGAAAAAGACGCGGAGAAGGGACUUGUGAUGUCGGUAUACCGGAUCGACAGCCUUGCGAACGGACGCCAUCGGUUCAAGAUCAGCAAGAAUGCAGAGCAGAACGCGCUCACGGGCGUCUGCGUCAUGAACCCUCGAUUCAACCUGGUGAUUGUCGAGGGCGGCGCGCACUCAAUAACCAACUACAGAAAGCUCAUGCUGAACCGGAUCGACUGGACGGAGAAUGCGGGGCCCAAUUCCGUGCGAGAAGGCAACCGCGAAGCUCAAAUCGCAUGGCUCGCGGCCGAGGACGAGCAGACAGGCGAUUUGAGAGACCUGAGCCACAACACGUGCUCCCUCCUGUGGGAGGGUGAGGUCAAGGCGCGAGCGUUCCGGAAGUGGCUGGGUGCACGGAUCUGCGAGAGCGACUCGCAAGCGAAAGACGUUCUGUCACGUUCGAAGAUGGAAAAUUUCUGGACAUUGGCCAAGAGCGCUAAGCAAGCCGAGACGUGAUUUUUUUUUAUCUCAACGAGGAGUCGGCUAACAGUCGAGUUGUAUAUAGCUAGCUGCUCGCCACGUGCCGCUUUUAAAUUCUACGAUUCAUGUAUAAUAACCAGUAAU